CGGUCCCCAAAACCUCUCCGUGUUUUCCAGUUUCGCCAUUUAAUGACGAUAACAACCACAACAGCAGUGCAUGUUCUCUUCCUUCUACUUUGAUAUCCCGUUUGUUUCAACAUACCUGAUGCGACAAGAGGAAGAUUUCUCAGUCUCUUUUAUGACUAGGCGCGUUAAAAAAACCUUUAACCACACCCUCUCAAUGCGGACUUUUUUUUUACGAUGACACACGCUGAAGCAUCAGGUUUUUGAAAGACUUAACACGAGAGAAGUUCAAGAAAGUCCUUCCAGUGGCCAAGUAAAAUCACACUGCAGGAAACAAGUCCGGGUCUCGUGCGACAGAGGUUGAAAAUCAGCAGGUGCGACACGCGUGUGAUUAAGUCACGCAGGAAGGCUGGAGAGAUGGGGUUGAUGUACUCCGAGCCCAUUUGUCAAGCUGCAUAUGACAAUGACCUACGGGAGGUGGUUAGGCUGCUGAGGAAAGACCCCAAGAAUUUAAAUGCCCAAGAUGUCAUCUCCGGAGACACCCCACUGAUAGCUGCUUGCCGACAGGGUCACAUUAGGAUCGUGAUGUACCUGCUGGAAAAAAAGGCAGACGUGUCACUCCGAAAUAAGAAAAAGAGGACAUCCUUGCAUUAUGCUGCAAAGAGAACAUUUACUUUCCUGGAUUAUCUGAUGAUUAUAAUUUUGAUGCCUGUUUUAUUAAUUGGAUUGCUUAUAAUGGAGGAAAAAUUCAGGAAGAAUGUGACGUUAAUGCAGCUGCUAUUAAGCACCACAGUCGACAUUAAUGCUACAGAUAAUAAAAGAAAUACAGCACUUCAUUAUGCUUGUCAAGGAAAAAGUUCCAGAGUAAUCCCUCUUCUCUUGGAAAAACAUGCAGAUCCUUCAAUAAAGAAUAAUGAUGGUGAGACCCCAUUAGAUAUUGCAAAGAGGUUAAAAUUUAAAAAAAUUGUGCAGAUGCUGAAGAAGGCCUAACUGCUAGUUGGAAUUGUGAGAAUCAACAAAUUUCAGUGGCUCUUGUCUCAUUGUUGUCAUAAGUUUGUUAUUCCUGUUUUUAUAGUAGUGUGCACAGGACUGCAUGCUUUACCUGGUACAUUAUUCAUGCAUUUGUUCGCUCAUUAUAAUGUUGGUGGAACGUUGCAGUAAUUGUGUAUGACUGAAAUACUUUCUUUUGAAGUUUUUCAGUUUUACAGUGAAAUAAACUGAAAUUAAAAAUUAAAAAGCAGGGUCAGCCUAACAGUGUGUAAGUUCUAUUCAAAUAGAAUUAAAGAAGUAAUCCACCUUGACUGUAAAUGAGUGUGUUCAAUAAUAAUAAAUAUGUUUAAUUAAAGAAAACUAUGGUUAAAAUUCA